UUGAACUGUGGGUGUUUCAUAUCAAAGGAGUCAUGAUUAUUCGUGAAGCCUAUGUUGUCACAACAAAUAGAUCAAAUUUAGGAAUCUGGGUCAGACAGGAAAACAGCUGGAUUUUGUUUAUUAGAUCUCAAAUUUUAGGUUAAUUUGUGUAAGUUUAUGUGGGAUAAAUUUUGUUUUAUCCCGUCAGGAAAACUUGACUGAUGAUUUUGUUUAAGGGUGUUGUGUAAAUUAAUGGGAGCUGUAAUGGGCACUGUUCAUCAAAGAGAUAAUUUGCUGGUAGAAAAUGGUUUGCACAUAGAUCAUGCAAUUUUCAACUUUAAACCCUACAAACUGGUUUUUGGUUAUUGUAAUUCAAGGUGCCGUUGUCAGAAUAUGAAUAGAAAUGACAAUCAUGAGUAUAUAUCCCCUAAGCCUAGAAGUGGACACAGGAUUGUAUGUGAUGAUAAAAACAUGUAUUCAUUUGGAGGUUACAAUCCUUCACUUACUAUAUCUGAUGAGGCAGAUCUAGCUAAUGACACAGUUUGGGCAGAUAGCAAACCAUUAUUCAAGGAGCUAUGGAAGUACAAUAUUUCAACAGGCUCGUGGAAGAAGUUGGAUGUGGAAGAAAUUCCAGAUAUUUUAGCAUCAAAUGCAGUUCUCUUGAGUGGUCGAGUGCUCAUGGUGUAUGGAGGAACUGGAGUACCUUUUGGAGCCAAUUGCAGUAAAGAUUUGUAUAUAUGUGACCUAAGUAAGGAAAAUCCGUUCAAGUUUACUUUAAUAUCUGCAUUGGGAAAUUGUCCCCAACCACAAUAUGGCCAAGCUAUUGUUUUAAAGAAUAAUUACUUAUAUACAGUUGGUGGUACUACUGGUUUUGAAUAUACUUGUGAUGUCCACAGACUAAAUCUAAGAGAUAAAAUGUGGGAGGCUGUGUAUAUUUGUAAAGGUACUCAGAAUGAACCUCCUGGAAGAUACAGACAUGAAAUUGCUUUUGAUCAAGAUAAAAUUUAUAUCUUAGGAGGAGGAACUUCACACUCGACAUAUGGUUUUCAGGAAGUGUUUGCUUUCAACUUGUCCACUUGUUGUUGGGAGAAGGUUUCUACCAGACCAGACAACAGUGUGAGAGAAGCGUACCCGACACCACGUCGAUGUCAUAGUUGUGUACAACAUGGGCGCUGUGUCUACGUCAUUGGAGGAUAUACCGGGAACAGAAUGUUGAGGGAUAUCUGGAGACUGGAUCUGAACUCAAUGGAGUGGAAGAAGAUCCCCCAGCUCGGUAUGGAUCAUGGUGUCUAUUUCCACUCGUCAUGUUUGACACCAAAUGGCAAACUGAUCACGUUCGGGGGAAUUGUUCCUUCAGGGAACAUCAGCAAGAGGACAUCAGAUGUCCAUACGGCUUGGCUGUGCAUCCCAAAACUCAAGGAAAUUUGUUGGGAGGCCAUACUGUUUUAUUGUCCGUACUUAGAUUCGUUUUCAAGAACAGAUCUUUUAGCGCUUGGUUUGCCCUGUGAAUUCAUUCGGAGGCUUGACCUUACCAGUGACUGAGGUGAUAUAGAUUAAAUACUCUAUUGCAUCUCUUAUUUGUUUCAAUUUAGUUAAUUGAUUAUUUUUUUAAGUAAAACUCGACGAAACACUUUUGUUUAAAAGGUUAAUUUUAGAUUUAGAUUGGUUUGGUAUAGUAGAAACUAAUUUUAAUAUGACGGUCAUUGCAAAAGUUUGGAUGUACGUGAAUAGUUUUUAUCUUAGAAUUAUGAAACAUAAUGCAUGUUCAAAGUAAUCCCUUCCAGUAUCAAUGCUUUUUUUUAAUUUUCUACUUGUUAAAGCACCACCUGCUUAUUUUUUCCAAUUGAGGAGUAAUGCUCAGUAACUGUCUUAUCAAUUUGAAUUUUGUUUAACUCCAGUUCACCUUCCUUUUAUUGCAGCGUCUGGCAAUAAAUGGAAGGUUGAAGGGUCUCACACUUGACUCGUAGCAUCUGGACUCAUAUUAGUCUAAAGAGAUCCACAGAAAGUUAACGAUGACAAAGUCGAAAACGAACCCGUACAUCGUUUUGACAUCAGGCAGCUAUAAAUAGGUAAAUUUGGCAGUCUCAUUGUUUCAUCAAGUGCACUACGAUGUUUCUGAUACAGUGGAGCACCCGAGUUUUCUACACACAACUUGUCUAUAGUAGGAAGGGUUGAUUUAAUUUCAAUAUUGAGUUUAGCUCAAGUUUACUUUCCUUUUAUUCUUUUAGACUGUGAGGCACACAAGAAACAAGUAUCCUGGCUCCUAUAAAUUCAUGCAAAAUUGUUUGCUAUUCUUUCUUAAACUUUCAUCAAAGUUUAACAGUAAAAAGCAGCAGUGAGUCACAAAUCAGGUGACUAAAAAAAUAAAAAAGGGCAUGUUAAAUUAUACUUUAAUUACAGUAAUAAGCACCUAUUUUGAUAGUUCAUUAACUAUCCAUUGAUAGGGUCUAGUUCUAGAUAACUUAACAUGUCAAUCGAACUCUGAUCAAUUGAAAGUGAUCUAAAUUUCCGGACGUUCACUAUAAAAGUUAAAUAUCACACUCAUUGCAGUGCUACCACACACCUUUUAACAAAAUACGCAAUUCAGUUAUGUAGUGCUCAAGAGCACAUUUGAUACCCACUGCGUUAGAUGCUCAUAUAACUUUUUACUAUUAGCAUACUUAAUUUCUACUAUUUCUAAGAUUUGGUUUUAAGAUUUGUCUUAAUAGGCUUAUGAAGGCAUGUUAGCAUGUAUAUACAUUGUUAGUUCUAAGUAAUUAUAGCCAGUCACUCAUGUUUCAAAAGUGUUUAGUAAGUGAAUAAAUAUAGAUUACACUUUAUGCAAACCAAUUGCUCAAAGUUAGUGGUGGUGGGGUACAGGGCUGGCAGUUAUUGGUGAGUUGUAUGCAGGAGGGGAUCACAACAUUUAACAUGUCUGUAUAAGCAUACACCAUAUUAACCUACAUAUACCCAGAAUCUGGAACUUAUAAAGUACAGUUAGGUAACACUGUUGUACUAGUAGGGGGUCAAUACUGACACUGUUGGCUUAUACAAUACAUAGUUAUUUUACUUAAAUAUAAUUAAUAGUUUUAGCAAUAAAUUACUUGCAAAUUUCAAAAUUUUUCAACCUAUUUUGUAGUACAAUUCUGAUUGACUUUUAAUUUAUACUUUUGGCUCUUAUGCUGUAAUAGUUUUGGGAAUAGUCAGCUCGUCCAGAUAGUGCUCCGUCCAGAUAGUCAAGAUGUAGAAAGAAAUUGGCCUUGUAUAGGUUAAUUUAUAUUUGCAAUCAUAAAGAAAAUGAAAUUUAAUCCUUAUUCUUUUGAGCUAAUUUGGAAUUAUUUGUGCAAUAAAUAUUUUUUUACUGAAAACUAACAUGAGUUUAAUUUUUUAUACUAAAAAACAUUUAAGUAAGCUUAAAAUAGCUGUGCAAUUUUAAAUAAAAACUAUGUUUCCAAUUAGUGUUUUAAGGUAAAACUAACUUGUUAGGUUGUAAAUGACUACUAUUGAAUAGAUUCUAAUAGCCUACAAGUUAUAGUGAGAGUUUGUCAGGCUGUAGUACCAUUUAGUAUUGUUUGGGAGAUGGGAGGUGUUGUUUGUUUUAGAUUUAAUGAUAUUGAUGUCAUGCUUAAUUUCCACUAUAACAUUUUCACAACAACAUUUACCCCAUCGGGUACACGCGAUCUUUCACAACUGCCGUCUAGUACCCAAUCGGGUACACAUUGGGAUUUCUUAAAACGCGUCAUGCACCCGAUAGGGUACAUGUUGAAAUGCAUUUCCUGGUGGAUUGUUGUUAUAUAUGCCUAUCGGACACUUUCUUUUUUUUAGGUACCCCUUGGUGUACACAGGUAAACAUUAAAAACACAUAAUGAAGUAUUUUUUGUGCAAAAUUGCGAAGCCUACAAACUUUUCUCGUUAUACUUAGAAAUUUAACAUAAAAAGAUUACGUUUUUAUGCCAUUAUUAUUAAAAAAUUUGAUGACAUUUAAAAAAGUCCGGAAAUUAGGUGUCGUCGUGAACGUGUUAAAGAAGAUAAUAAGUUUGAAGGCGGUCUAGGAAGGUUUCAAGGUUAGAUCAGUUUGUCCCUCCCCCUAAAGCUAUCAACUCCAACUCAUAAGGUUAAAAUCUGUUCAGUAAUAAAUCUCCUAGUUUCACAGUCAGAUUUAAGAAACCGUAUGUACAGUAAUAUUGACAGCUAGUAUAAUGCCCUAAAAUACUUGAAUGAUUUUUUUGCUCUGAAAUGUGGAUUUAAAAAGUAAAUAAAUUGAAAAAAAACAUUGUUUCCUCAGGAAAUAUUUAAUUGUAUUUUGUUGAUCCUGACAAUGGUUUUAGUAUUUUAAUG